UUAUGUCAGCUAUUUAACAUAAUCUUGGAAAGUGUAGUUAUCUUUUCUUUAUGCUCUUAUGUCUGUGAAGUAUGUAUAACAUCAUAUAAUAGCCAAAGAAGCAUAAACAUCUGUGCAUUAUGAUAGCCAAUAUUUCGUUGAUAUUCACUUCUACUUGCAUGGAGAUCUAGGUUAGUAAAUAGUGGAGAUAUAAUAAACAUAUACUACAUUUUCUUAGCCUCUUUUCUUUUCCGAUGCUUAAGAUAAGACAACUUAGAGCAUAAAACCUGCUUUGUCCCCUAUGGUCCUGGUAGGAAAUGUUGGAUAUAACUUCUUUAAUUAGCUGCUUGAUCAAUACAUCAUACAAUGUCAUUAUCCUUCAUCUAUUCGAUGUAGAACUUUCUUCUCAAACAUUUUUUUUAAUCUUGUAAAACAUCAUUGAAUAAUAAAACAUCUCCAUGCAUUUCUUUUACUUGAACUACCAGUGCAGAAAAGCUUUGUUUAAUAUAAUAUCAUCUUCUUUUUCUUCAUGCAGAACAUAUCAGUAGUAAUAAUGAUGAGUGGAACAGGUAAAUUACCUCAAAAGCGCAAAGUUCCUGCACUGCCAGAGAAUGAGAAAAAGCUCUAUGAUUUGAUAUGGAGUAAAGAGACCUUGGGAAUAUGGACUGCAGACAUGAAAAAGGAAACUGGCCUCCCGAACAAUGCAGUGACAAAGGCCCUCAAGUCCCUCCAAUCCAAGGGCUUCAUCAAGGAUGUGGUGAACAUCCACAACAAGGCCAAAAAAAUUUACAUGGCCGUUGAAUUUGAACCUUCAAAGGAGAUAUCAGGAGGAACUUGGUAUUCAGAAGGAAGCCUUGAUCUAGAAUUUAUAACGAUACUGAGAAAACAAUGUAGGCUGCAUGUGGAAAGGUUAAAAGUUGCAACUUUGGAGAAUGUUUGGCAAUUUAUUAGGGAUUCUAAGGUUUUCUAUAUAGAUUUCAGCUUGCAGCAAAUUAAGGAGAUUAUGAGUGCCAUGGUUUUGGAUAAGGAGCUGGAGGAGUUGAUAAGCUCAGGUGUUGGUGAUUUCUUUCAUAUUCGAGCAGGAAGGGAAUGUUAUAGGAGCUUGAAGGGUAGAGAUGGACCUAAAGAAGGAUUUUUUUCAGCAGUUCCUUGUGGAGUGUGCCCGAGGAUAAAUGAGUGCAGUCCUGAUGGUAUUAUCUCUCCCAAUACUUGUGUUUAUUACCAGAAAUGGCUAGGGCUAGACUAUUAGGCCGACGCCCCGUAGUGGGAUGAAGGAGGCUUAUUACAAUGGCAAUUGGCAAGUCAGCUUGUGCAUUCAUGUAGAUUGGCCUACAUUAGGGGUGUAAACGAGUCGAGUUUAGGCUCUUAUUGAGCUCGACUCGUGAGCUCGAUAAGCUCGGUUCGCAAGCCCAUAAACAAGUCAAGCUCGAGCUGGCUCGGCUCACUUACACCCCUACCCUGCAUUAAGGAAGACAUAUUUGGACAAGUGCAGCAACCCUAUAUGGUUUGGUUUGGGAAAACUAUUUUAUUGUUUUAUAAAUCAA